AUGGCCUUGGACGAGGUGUGGGGGCGGGUGAAAAAUGUGUGCAAGCAAAACGGACUGCUCAUCAUGUCCGUGCUGGCCGUGGUCAUCGGCUGUCUACUGGGCUUCUUCCUCAGAGGAAAGCAGCUCUCUGAGCAGGAGGUGAAGUAUUUUCAGUUUCCCGGAGAGCUGUUGAUGAGGAUGUUGAAAAUGUUGAUUCUGCCUCUCGUCGUUUCCAGUCUAAUGUCAGGUCUCGCCGCCCUGGACGCCAAGUGUUCCAGCCGACUGGGCAUCAUGACCAUCUCCUACUACCUCUGGACCACCUUCGUGGCCGUGGUAGUGGGCAUCGUGAUGGUCUACAUCAUCCACCCCGGGGGAGCUGCUCAGAAGGAGGACUCUGAUGAGAGCAAGAAGCCCAUGACCAGCUCCGCUGACGCUCUGCUGGAUCUCAUUCGCAACAUGUUUCCAGCAAACCUGGUUCAGGCUACGUUCCAACAGUAUCGCACGCAAAGAGUCCCUGAGCUAAUUCCUAAACCGACGGUGGCGCAGCUCAUGGACGAGACCACGACACGUCGUCUUUUCAUCUACGGCAUCCAGGACGACAACAGCACAGACGUGCGGAACUUCUCCCUGGACCUUACGCCGCCGCCUGACGUCAUAAUGAAGACGUCGCCCGGGACCAGCGAAGGCAUGAACGUGCUGGGGAUCGUUAUAUUCUCCGCGACCAUGGGAAUAAUGUUGGGAAGAAUGGGACCCAAUGGGAGUGCGCUGGUCAACUUUUGUCAGAGUCUGAAUGAGGCGGUGUUGAAGAUUGUUGCUAUAGUCAUCUGGUAUUUUCCUUUCGGUAUUGUGUUUCUCGUCGCCGGGAAGAUCCUGGAAAUGGACGACCCGUCAGCCAUGGGAAAGAAGCUGGGCUUCUAUGCCAUUACAGUUGUGAUGGGCCUGGUUUUACAUGGUCUGUUCAUCCUCCCGGCCAUGUACUUUUUCAUCACCAAGAAGAGCCCCAUAGUUUACAUCAGAGGCAUUCUGCAGGCCCUGCUCAUCUCAUUGGCUACUUCCUCUAGGUCAGUGCUUCUCAAACAGUGGGGCGACUUCAUUAUAAGGCAAAUCAAAUAGUUGUUAAGUUCUCGCUGGCCGCGCAAAAUGUCUCGGUGGGCCGCAUUUGGCCCGCUGGCCUUAUGUUUAUACUUGUUUCUGAGCUCUGCCACUUUGCCUAUCACCUUCAAGUGCCUCCUUGAGAACAACCACAUCGACAGACGCAUCAUCCGCUUCGUGCUGCCGGUCGGGGCCACCAUCAACAUGGAUGGCACCGCGCUCUACGAGGCCGUGGCGGCCAUCUUUAUCGCUCAAGUCAACAACUAUGAGCUCGACUUUGGGCAGAUCAUCACGAUCAGCAUCACGGCUACUGCAGCCAGUAUCGGUGCGGCAGGAAUCCCACAGGCUGGACUGGUUACCAUGGUGAUUGUGCUGACCUCUGUUGGUCUCCCCACUGAUGACAUCACAUUAAUUAUUGCCGUUGAUUGGGCCUUGGAUCGAUUCAGGACGAUGGUCAAUGUCAUGGGUGACGCCUUAGCCACGGGCAUCAUGGCUCACAUCUGCAGAAAGGACUUUGUCAAAGAGGGUGAGCAGAUUCCACUCAUCUGUGAGACCAAACCCAUGAUAAGCAUCCAGCAGAUGAUGACCUACCAGAACCAGAAGAACGGCUGCUAUCAGCCUCCUCCGCCGGGCGGCAAACAGCGCCACCUGUCCCCAGACGUGGCUCGUCUCGUGCAGCUGGAGGAAGGCAUUCGACCGAAAAAGAAACACUCUCACUCGUCUCAUUCUAAGAGGGACCACAGGGACAAGGACCAAUGUUCAGUCGACAUGAACGGACUGGAGACCAACGUAUAACAGCGCCGUCGCGGCAGAUUUUUUUUUUGUUUUUUUUUUU